UGGAAGUCCUGUCCCAGUUCCCCUAGCUGGAAAUGGCCUGAAGGUUGCCCUGGGCUAUUGGGUUGUGUUUACUUUUCUCCUGGGAGUUAUGAGGCAUUUGUUAUAGUCCUCAUUUGCACACAGUGGGGCUGUGGGCCAGAGUUAGUGGGGACAGCUGGUUGAACGCCUGUGUUCACAGGGGUGCUUGGUGUCUGACAUCAAGCCUGGAGUUGUCAGUUCAGAAUGUUGGUGUUGACCUAUUUAUAUCCGUUACUUGGAAGAACAUAAAUGCCAUGCUAACCCAAUCAGUGGUUAUGAAACAACACUGAGAGAGCUAAGUUUUUUUGAUGUCAGAAUUGCAAUGGGGAGAUACCAGGAUGGAGCAGGCAGCAGAACCUAUGAGAAGGAGAGUCAAUAGGAAUCCAUAUGAGGGCUCCAUUGCCCAGAAAACCCACAUGUUCCAGGGAGACCGGCAGCGCUUAUCAUUUACAUCGUCUGGAGAAAGGAGGUCUAACCAUGAGCUACCCAGGCUAUCCCCCACCUCCUGGCAGCUACCCCCCAGCUGCACCAGGUGGUGGUGCCUGGGGAGGUGCUGUCUAUCCCCCACCCAGCAUGCCCCCCAUUGGACUGGAUAAUGUGGCCAACUAUGCAGGGCAGUUCAAUCAGGAUUACCUCUCGGGAAUGGCAACCAACAUGUCUGGGACAUUUGGAGGAGCCAAUGUGCCAAACUUGUACCCUGGGGCUCCCGGAGGUGGUUACCCACCAGUCCCUCCGGGGGGCUUCGGGCAGCCACCUCCCGCCCAGCAGCCUGUGCCUCCUUAUGGCAUGUACCCACCUCCUGGAGGAAACCCACCCCCUGGGAUGCCUUCAUAUCCAUCAUACCCGGGGGCCCCUGUGCCAGGCCAGCCCCUGCCACCCCCUGGGCAGCAGCCCCCAGGGGCCUACCCUGGGCAGCCACCAGUGACCUACCCUGGGCAGCAGCCGGUGCCGAGCUACCCAGGAUACUCAGGAUCUGGGACUGUCACUCCCGCCAUACCCCCAGCCCAGCAGUUUGGAAACCGAGGCACUAUCACAGACGCUCCUGGCUUUGAUCCCUUGCGAGAUGCUGAAGUCCUGCGGAAGGCCAUGAAGGGCUUCGGGACGGAUGAACAGGCCAUCAUCGAUUGCCUGGGGAGCCGCUCCAACAAACAGCGGCAGCAGAUCCUCCUGUCCUUCAAGACAGCCUACGGCAAGGAUUUGAUCAAAGAUCUGAAAUCAGAACUGUCAGGAAACUUUGAGAAGACAGUCUUGGCUCUGAUGAAGACGCCCAUCCUGUUUGAUGUGUAUGAAAUAAAGGAAGCCAUCAAGGGGGCUGGCACUGAUGAAGCCUGCCUGAUUGAGAUUCUUGCUUCCCGCAACAACGAGCAUAUUCAGGAACUGAGCAGAGCCUACAAAGCAGAGUUCAAAAAGACCCUGGAGGAGGCUAUUCGAAGUGACACAUCAGGGCACUUCCAGCGGCUCCUCAUCUCUCUCUCUCAGGGAAACCGGGAUGAAAGCACAAAUGUGGACAUGUCCCUCGCCCAGAGAGAUGCUCAGGAGCUAUAUGCAGCUGGGGAAAACCGCCUGGGAACAGAUGAGUCCAAGUUCAAUGCAAUUCUUUGCUCACGGAGCCGGGCCCACUUGGUGGCAGUUUUCAACGAGUAUCAGAGGAUGACAGGUCGAGACAUCGAGAAUAGCAUAUGCCGGGAGAUGUCCGGAGACCUGGAGCGGGGCAUGCUGGCUGUGGUGAAAUGCCUCAAGAAUACCCCAGCCUUCUUUGCUGAAAGGCUCAACAAAGCCAUGAGGGGAGCAGGAACUAAGGACCGGACCCUGAUUCGCAUCAUGGUGUCUCGCAGUGAGAUUGAUCUCCUGGACAUCAGAGCAGAAUAUAAACGGAUGUAUGGCAAAUCGCUGUACCAUGACAUCACGGGAGACACUUCAGGGGACUACCGGAAGAUUCUGCUGAAGAUCUGUGGUGGCAAUGACUGAGCAGUGACAGUGGCUCACUUCUGCCCCCUGCCAGCAAUGGCAAUGCCAGAGAAAGGCCCAAAGAGUGUCUUGUCAUUUUCUCACAAUCCACACAAUAGCCCGAGGUGCACCUUCUGUCUCUCUGUCCUCCCUCCCCUCCUGAUCUGUGUGUCCUUCUUGAUCUGUGUGUCAUGCGAGUGCCUAGGUGGGCCUACAGCUCUCAGGAUGCCUUCUCCUCCCUGUCCCUCACAGCCUCUUGCUGUUUUAUGUAGAUGUUUUAUUUCCUCAAACGUGCGAUCAUUCCUCGUUGCUUGUGGCUGAGACUCUUAGCUUCAUUUUAGUCAUAUAAUUUUGUGUUUUUAUUUGAAGGCGUAUUUUCCAUUUUUAACUUGUCUUUGCCAGACAGAUGCACACAAGUCUGUUUACUACAUGCACAUUUCUAGUGAGAGCAGUGGGGUAGGUGGAGCACCCCAUUCUCACAUAGUAUAAAAGGGAGGGUCUGUAAGGGUUGUUGUAUCUGGUAAGAAUGUGUCAUGAGCUUUGUUUUUGCCAAACUUACUCCUUUUUAGAAAAAAAAAAAAAAAAGGCCAGGAAGUCAUUUGUUCCAUCUUCCACGCAAAAC